ACGCAAAAAAUAAAUUGAAACGCCAAGCACGGUUGCCUCCCACGGCUGCACACCGCCACGCUCCCAACUUCGCAGCAGGUCACCUGAGAAAACAACACCCACCGCACCACCGGAACAGCACUUCAACACCGCACCACUCAACCACCGGAGUAGCGCCGCUCAACCACCGCACACGACGACGGUGAUCCACACACGGAGCUCUCACUAGUCAGAGUAACCGAUUCACCCAACCACCGUGAGAACGAACGCUCUGCAAAGCACAGAAAACAGGUAUUUGAGAGAGAUAGCAAACACAGCCAAUGAACAAGACCACAGACUCGUGGGAAAUCCUUCACAUCCCAGACAAGCCUCCAACGCCGCCUGACCAACAACCCACCGUGAAUGUUUUUGCUUCAGUUAUUGAGCCAAAGCUCACCAACACUUUGGUAAGGCGUUUAAAUCAGAUAGCGCCACUGGAGGCUCUCCGCCAUGUGAAGCGUGUGCAGAAGAAAUAUCUUGAAGGAGGGAAAACUCAGUUAUCAGUGAUCUUAUGUCUGGCAUGUGAAAAUGACAAUCAGUUGGACAGUAUGCCGCAUGGUGUACAGGAGCUGGUCAAUUUCUACCAGUUGAGUCCUUUUAUUACAAAAGUUUGCAAAUUUGAUGCAUUAUCAAAGGAAGAGUGGGAAGAACAAUGCAAGCUUUGGCCAACAUCAUAUCAUCCACCAACUUACAAUAUUGAUGGCAUCACUGGAUUUGGCCAAGAGGACUCGCAAUCCGUUUUCAGCUUCAUGAAAUUUGCUGUUGAGUUGGCAAAAUCUGAUCAUGGUUUGGUAGUGAAUGCUGCAGUGAUUGUGGAUCCUUCAGUUAAGCAAGUAAUUGCUAGUGCAUGUGAUGAAAGUUGCUGUUGGAAUACUCCCACAAACAAAACCAGCAUUCGACCUUGCUCCUUGAAACAGCCAGAAGCUUGUAUUUCCCAUCCUGAUUCCAAUAUAGUAGUAACCCAUGACAGUUUACUUCCAAAUGGUUCCACCACUAAACUUGAACAAUUAUGUACUGGUGUUUCUUGUUUAUACCCUUGGCAGUGGUCUGAAAAACAACCACAUACACCAAAUUCUUGUUAUUGGCACCCUUUACGACAUGCUGCACUUGUAGCCAUUGAAUCCUCUGCAGCUAGAGACAGGCAACUUUUCUCUGGUUUGGGAGACUUUGAAGAUAAAUCUUCUGAGUUGGAUCAUAUGCAGUCUUCUUUCACAAGCUCUCCAGCUAAAAGACAAAAAAUCAAUCUUAACAAUGUUGAGGAUGAUGAGAAACUGGAUACUCUUACUGAAGGGCAUCAUUGUAUAUCAGCCAGACCUUAUCUAUGUACUGGGUAUGACAUCUACCUUGUUUGGGAGCCAUGUACAAUGUGUGCAAUGGCACUUGUUCAUCAACGAAUUAGGCGCAUAUUUUAUGCUUUCCCAAAUCUCAAUGCUGGUGCCUUGGGCAGUGUUUACAGAUUACAGGGAGAGAAAAGCUUAAAUCAUCGCUUUGCUGUUUUCAGAGUCUUGUUGCCUGAAGAAGUGCUAGAUGUGAAACUUUAACCAAACUUUAACGGUUGUCAAUUCUUGAGUAGGUGCGGCUCCUGAAAAUGCUAGGGAUGCAUCAACUGAUCAACAUUUCCCCAUAUAUGACAUUCAUGCAAUGAGAUUAAUGUGAUUUUUCA